CUGCUUGGCAUUCUACCGAGUUUACUUGUUUAGUUGCGAUCUGGACGACGUAUAAGAAGCGGCUCGGAUAAAAUAUUACGUCUUAAAAAUUGAUUUAAGAUCAUUCUAGAAGAUAAAUAUUCUAAAUAUUAUUCCUAAAAGUGUAAAUAGAUAUAUUUAAUCGUAAACGUUAUAUAAUCUUUAAAUAUGGCAUUACAAAACGGAAAUACGAAAAAAAAAUUGGAUAUCGUGGUUGUCGGUGGAGGAUUGGUGGGAUCUCUUGAAGCAAUUUUUUUGGCAAAACGUGGACAUCGAGUGUCACUCUACGAGUAUCGCGAAGAUUUAAGAACAACCCCACAUGUACGAGGGCGUUCCAUUAACUUGGCCCUGUCGGUGCGUGGGCGCAAAGCGUUGAAAGGCGUUGGAGUUGAAGACCACAUGGUUAACGAACAUGGAAUACCUAUGAGAGCUAGAAUGAUUCACAGACCCGAUGGCACCACAUACUCUAUUCCGUAUGAUGCUAGAACAAAUCAGUGUAUUUAUUCCGUGGGAAGAAAUUAUUUAAAUAACAUUCUUUUAAAAGAAUCUGAAAACUACGACAAUGUAAAAAAAUAUUUUAACCAUAAAUUGAUAAAGUCAAACUUACGAAAUGGUUCGUUGACAUUUCUUAAAACCGAAACAAAUGAGACAGUGGACGUAACUGCAGACUUGAUCAUUGGAGCUGAUGGUGCAUUUUCAGCAGUGCGGAAAGAAAUGAUGAAGCAGCCACUCUUUGACUUCAGCCAGCAGUACAUAGAACAUGGUUACUUGGAGUUGUGCAUACCGGCUUCAGAAGAUGGCGUAUUUCAGAUGCCACCAAAUUAUUUACAUAUUUGGCCAAGAGGUAAUUUUAUGAUGAUCGCUUUACCAAAUCAAGAUUGUUCUUGGACAGUUACAUUAUUCAUGCCGUUUAAGAAUUUCAAGGACAUUGACACUGAUGAGAAGCUUAUGAUAUUCUUCCAAAAAUAUUUCUCCGACUCCAUACCUUUGAUCGGUGAGAAGAAACUAAUCGAGGACUUCUUUGGAGGAUCUCCGUCUCCACUUGUAGCUGUUAAGUGCCGUCCAUACAAUGUUUUGGACAAGGCUCUUAUAAUCGGCGAUGCGGCACACGCAGUAGUACCUUUCUAUGGUCAGGGAAUGAACGCUGGCUUUGAAGACUGCUAUAUUCUGGACGAACUGUUCCGAAAACAUCAUGAUAAUGUUGCUGACAUUCUCCAAGAUUUCUCAGAUUCAAGAUGGAAAGAUGCUUUCGCGAUUAGUGAUCUGGCUAUGUACAAUUAUAUAGAGAUGCGUGAUUUGGUGACUCGUCCCUCUUAUCGACUCCGGAAGGCCGUGGAUGAUUUUCUCUUUUGGUUGUUGCCCGAUUUUUGGGUACCGCUUUACAAUUCUGUCACAUUUACAACUAUGCCAUAUAGUCAGUGCGUGAAAAAUCGUCAGUGGCAAAAUCAGGUAACGAGGCUUUUUUUAUGAUUUAUGCUUAUUUUAUUACCUCAUAUAAACAUUU